GCAUGACAUCGACUAAGCGCUUCAGCGUUAAAUUGCGCUAGCCCCUGUAUUGAUAUUCUAUUAAUCCCUCACUCGCGUGGAGAUCUAGCACUUAUUUACUUGCACUCCCACCCUCCAGAUGUCACCACGCGAUUUCUCAAGUCCGAAUGCCAGGAUACCAACGACCAGAUUCGAUCAAGACUACGAGAUUUCUCUGCCUCACUCUCGAACCAUUCCAAAUACUUGCUGUCGCAAUCUAAAAGCCUAUUCAAUUAUGUCGAAGAAACAAUCUCUCCUUGAAUUUCAAUUCGUCAACUCUGCGCUCGAUUCCCCAAUGCCGCCCCGGGAUUUGGCUGUAAGGACUCUCAUUCGAAAGCAGGCAAUGAAAAAGGCAGCUGCUACUCGUAAGAAGAACGGCAACUAUGGAAAGCACAACCUUCGCCAAUACCCAGUCUUUGUUGAACUAAUGCAACCGGACGCCGUCGAGCUGAUUGAUGAGUUGGCCAUCCUACCAGAGUCAACCCAUGAGAAAAGUACUAUGCUACGCAAUGCAGAUGAGCCCAAUUCGUCCAAAGAGCAAAUAGGUGUUGCAAAGAAAAAGCCAUAUAGGCCGUCAGCGGAUUCAGAGAUGUACCUCGUCAUACUUGCUUUGGGUCAAGGCCUCCCAGGCACUCUAUCCGCUAAAGGAUAUGAAUUGAGUAGUAUCAAGUCGGAUUUUGAUAUUCUAGAUUUAUCUUCUCUGGCAUCUAUGUAUGCAGUAAGAGCUGCUCGAGCUGCGUUGUCAAACGACCCUCAGCAUCUCAUAGAUAAUAUCCGGGCACGGCAACAGUGGUCUUAUCUUUCAUAUUUGCCGAAGCUUUCCGGUCACUACCCUUGCUUAAAUGCUGCUACAGAUUGUGUGGUUGCUCGUGCUAGGCAACUAGUUUCUCCUCACGAGGACUGGGAAUCUACAGUGAUAGGGUUUCAUGUGAGUGCUUUAGAAGCUUUGCAGAAAGCUCUCGAUGACCCUCGGCAGCGAUACACGCCAGAGGUCCUUUGUGCUACAGAGAUACUAUCCUUAUAUGAGGUGAGAAUACUGACAAUAUUGACGGUCUCAAUCUCUAAUUCAUUCUUGUAGCUUUUGGAUCCUUUGGGUGAGGCGGCAUGGAUUCGACAUGCUGCCUGAGCAGCAAAGCUGAUACAAGUUCGAGGUCCAUCAAAUUACACUAGUGAUUUUGAGAAAGCGUUGUUUUUAGCCCACACUGGUGCAAUCGUGAGUCUUCCAACAUACAUUUGCUGAAUUUUAGUAUGAAUUUGCUAACACAAACAGAUGACGGAAUGCCUAUUGAAUAACGAACGAUGCUUUCUCGAGGAGAAGCGCUGGCAAAAAGUAUUUCAUUCUCUCAUCGUUCGUGAUGGCUUCCAGAUAUCUGACCGGAGCGAAAUCACAAUCACUCUGAUAAUGCUCAAGGCAUUUCUUCCUGGCUUUUACCAUGAUGCCACCAAUAUUAUCUACGCUGAUGCUCUCCCAGAGGUGGACACUGUCGAUGAUUUGAUAUCUGGGGUUAGACGGAUUCUCAACAAGCUUUAUGAAUGGCAUGACAGAUAUGUAACAGUAUUGAGUUAUUACCCGAAGCUCAAUCCCGGUAGUGUCGAGUACGACAGUGCUUGUAAAGUCUUUUCAACAUACCUCACUUGUAUCAUGGCAGGGAGCCGUUUGCUUGGGAUAUUCUCGCCAAAUGAGCGAGCCUCUUUUGAAGAGCGAACCCAGGAAGCGGCUGCUGAAGUGAACGAACUUGAUCUUGAGGUGAGAUCUGUUAGCAAGCACACGUGCGUCUUUCUGGCUCAAAGCAGAGGUACUGCACAAUCUAUCAUUGCUACAAGAGAGGAGUGGCAGCAAUUUAUCGCCGAGGAGCCAGAUUUGUUCGUUACUUCAGGAAGAUUGCUUGUAAGAUCACAUUUGCGAAGCUGGUGGUCCACUAUUGGUCGUAAGAUGCCCAGGGAAUCUAAUUCGAGUGAGUUCUCAUGUUAAAGGAGCUGUUUGUGUCGAUGUAUAGUAUUUCUACUCCGGCUUUGGAGCGAAAUAACGCGAAUAGAGUAGUUUUUCACUCUCUUCGCUUUCAAAAGAAACUGAAAUGCUCGAGGUGCCUGAAUUCAGGCUGUAUAGAUAGUGUGAUCCCCACCACAAAAUACGGUAUGUAGGAAUGCAGCGCAUUGUACCACUGUUGGG